GGGUUACCUAAGAAAUUAAUCUCAUCUCCCCUCAACACUUUGUAGGACAUUACAAUACCAUUGAUUCUUCUCUACUCGUACACUCCCAAGAAACCCCCUCUCCUCUCAAUCAUCUGUGUGACUUGUUGCGUCGUUGAGCACAAUUCACCAUCAACAAAGGCAAAUUGCGGGGCAGCCUCCGUAUUAGAAGACUUGAACCACCUUCUGAGGGAUAGGUAAACCGCAAACAACAUGUUUCGCACCACUGGAACCCGGACCCUGCUGAGGAGCUUCCCAAGGCCUUCAACUACGAGAUCGACUUUCAGUACGACUUCAAUUGCUUUGCGGGAUCCUACUUCACUUCGUCAGCCGACCAGGAAACGACCUAAUACCUUCGUCGCUCCUUGUCAACCUCUUCCAAAGAUACCAGCUCUGCUCUAUGCAACCAAACCGCAACCACCUUUUGAUCUGGCCGAUCACAAGGUAGAAAAGGCUAUUGGCGAACAGAAAAUCCCAGCUGAUCCAAAAAAUGUCUCCUCUGGCUCCAGUGUUCGCCAUAUAUUGGAGGGUAAACCACCAGCUCAGGGAGGAGACGACAUGAUGGCAGGAAUAAAAUCAGAUGUCAUCACUAUCAAAGACACAUUCUCCCUGAACGAGGUACCCCGAGCAUCGUUAUAUCUCGGAGCCGCUGGCGUUCUUCCUUAUGCAGCCACUUCUCUUUCGACUGUCUACCUGGCUUGGGACAUCAACCACAGUCAUGCCACUGGCCAGUCCUUUCUUUUCUCGCCAGAGACGGCGCAUCAGCUAUUGGAAACAAUAUUCCCAAUACAGAUUGGAUUCGGUGCUAUUGUAAGUAUCUACUUAUUCAGUUUCGAAAACUAUACUGAACCCUGAUAUAACAGAUCAUCUCCUUUCUCGGCGCCAUCCACUGGGGAUUGGAAUACGCAGGAUAUGGCGGCUACCAGAGCUACCGCAGAUACAUGUACGGUGUCAUUGCACCAGCAGUAGCCUGGCCAACCCUCUUGAUGCCCGUGGAAUAUGCCCUCAUCACACAAUUCUCGACGUUUACCUUUAUGUACUUUGCCGAUGCGCGAGCCACGGUUCGGGGAUGGUGUCCACCGUGGUAUGCAACCUACCGAUUUGUCUUGACAUUCUUGGUUGGUGCGUCGAUCAUCGCGACACUGGUUGGAAGGGGACAAAUCGCUGUCUCGGGUCAUGGGAAGUUGACGAGUCCUGUUGAUUAUGUUAAGCAGGAUCGUGAUGCUCAAUGGUUGGCUCUUGAGAAAGAGGAGAAGCAGAGACGUAAGGAGUUAGCUGCUAAGGAAGAGGAAGAUGAGGAGGAGGCUGAGGAAGAAGAGGAAGAAGAAGUUGAGGACGAGAAAGAUGGCAAGGACGAGAAGUCGAGUAAGAAGGACGAGAAAAAGGAUGAGGGAAAGGACGAGAAGAAGGACAAGAAAGAUGACGAAUCAAGUAAAAAGGACAAAAAGGCCGACGGUGAUAAGAAGUGAAUGGAGGCCAGGCGUAGUCCAGUUGUCUCG